UAGGGGAAACCUCAAAAAUCCAAAUUAGUUCGAUCUAUAUGCUUAUGGGUAUACUACGAGUAGGGGAGUCGUUAAAAUGCGAAUCGCAAGUCCGAGAUCUAACCCCGGUUCCGACUACGGAAGUCUCAUGAGUCACGUAGGAGCCGCGACGCCGUCGCCGAUAAGUUCGGAAGGCGAUCCGCCUCGAAAUGCAAAAUUCUUAUUUUCUUCUCUCCGUCUUGUCCGACCCUUUGGUUCUGGACAUUAGUACGUAUUAGGUAGACCUUAGUUCUCGGUUUUCCCCGCCUUCCCCUCAUACGUAUGAAUUUCAAAGCAAGGGGGAAGGGCUGCAUACGAAGGAGAAGCAAUACUAGGCACUAUGUCUGCCAAGGUAAAAGUGUAUACCUCGCCCCCGGCCGCCCUCGAGCAGCUCCUGAGGUCGCACCACCUGCCGCACGCAUUGCCGCUGCUGCGCCGCCUCAGGUUCACGCGCUUCCCGGGCGGCAUCACGGAGCAUACCCGGAUCCUUUACGCGGCGGCCUCAGACGCGACGGAGGAACCCACAGAAGACGGCGACGUGCCUUUCGCUGCCGCGUACCUGGACUUCUCGCGCGGCCCCGAAACCGAGAUAUGGUUGUACGCUUCGCUGGAGCGGAGACCUGACGCGCUAGCCCGCGCGGCUUCUUCUCCUUCUCCUCCUCCUUCUGUUGAUAUUGAUGGAGGGGCGGGUGGAACGGAAGAAAGCAAAGAAGAAGCGUCAGCCGCGUGCGCGCGCGCGGUCCUAGGGGAGGUCAAGCGCCUGCGGGAAGCGUACUCGGCGGCGCGCGCGGGGGACCCGUGCGUGUUCGCCGGCGCGCUGGGCGAGACGCUGCGCCUGGCGCUGCUGAACCAAGGGAUCGUGUUCGACUUCGUGAGCAUCUUCGACAAGUGGAUAUUCCGCCUCGGGGCCCUGCCCGAGGUGCGGGAUCCGCUGGUAGCGGCGGAGGGAGAUAUGCGCUGGGAGCCGGUCCGGCGCAAGGAUAUACCGCUUAUGCUGUCGAGGACGAAGAUCCCUAGGACUGAGCGGACUGUUAGUUUACUGCCUAGUAUGGCCGUCUAUCGCGACGAUGGCACGCCUGUCGCGUGGGCUUUCCUGGGCCCCGAUUCCUCGCUGAGCAGCCUCCAUUGCGAGGAAGAGUGGCGAGGAAGGGGUUUUGCGAAAGCUGUGGCUGUUAAGAUUUUUCGCGAGCGCUUGAAGGAUUACGAUGAUGAUGGGCAUUGCUGGGCGGAUGUCGCUCCGGACAAUCCCCAGAGCCAAAGGGUUUGCAAGAGUCUAGGCGGAAAAGUGGCUUGGACGGUAUCUUGGAGCACGAUAGAUCUAGACAAGAGUUUUCCGACCCGAUAGAUAGCUUACUAGCGAUCCCUUAUAAA